CAAGUGCCAAAAACUGUAAAAUAAUCGUGAUUGCCGUCGGCGGCCGGUUCUCUUCCAAGGAAGGUUUUCUUUCUUUCUUUUUUUUUUAUAACCGCUUUAAUCCGCGUGGGAUUGCGGUCCGUGUCCUUGGGAGCCGCUCGGAUGAUCGGACAGUAUUACACCAUUUGUUACAGGAGUCUGUUUUGCAAGCUGUCCCACUUGGCUGCACAUGGAUUUAGACCCAGAGGAUGUGCCACAGGUGACGGAGGGCCACGGUGGCGCCGAGCGGUACGAACUGUCCAAGACCAGUCCAGAGGUCCAGCCGUCCACACCCACCCUGGCCCCCGAAGAACACGAACCAGCCGUGUCACGCGGGGGCAUGCAGCGCCCCCUGGCCCUGGAGACCUUUGAGUUCCCUCCCAGUGUCCAGCUGGAAACGAUGCCCCUCUUCCCGCAGUGGCGCCUGCCCCUGAAACUCGUUGCUGCCCUGCUGGCCGUCACCUUCCUGUACACCCUGCUGCGAGACGUGGUGCAGCCCGGCAUCUCCGGAAGCUGGAGGGACCUGUACAAGAUGCCCGUCCUGGUGGUGAACAAGGCGCUGCCCUGGACCUCCAUCACCCUGCUGGCUCUGGUCUACCUGCCUGGACAGGUGGCGGCUGUGCUUCAGCUGCACCGAGGUACGAAGUACAGCCGCUUUCCGGCCUGGCUUGAGCGGUGGCUCUGUAUGCGGAAGCAACUUGGCCUACUCUCCUUCCUGCUGAGCGCCCUGCAUGCCUUCUACAGCGUCUGCUACCCAAUGAGGCGCUCCUACAGAUACAAGCUGCUCAACUGGGCCUAUCAGCAGGUGCAACAGAACAGAUCGGACGCCUGGGUGGAGGAUGACGUUUGGCGCAUGGAGAUCUACAUCUCACUGGGUAUCCUGGGUUUGGCUGCCCUCGCCAUGGUGGCCGUCUCCUCCGUACCUUCGGUCAGCAGCGCCCUUUCCUGGCGGGAGUUUCAGUGCAUCCAGAGGAGUCUGGGAUACGGCGCCUUGCUGCUCUGCACCGCCCACGCACUCGUCUAUGGCUGGAGGAAGUGGGCGGAGCCCAGGAGCUACGUGUGGUACACUCCACCCUCCUUCAUUCUGGCUUCCGCCCUCCCCGCGGUGGUGCUGCUGGGAAAGGCCACCCUGCUCCUGCCGUGCCUGAAUCGGAAGCUGGCACGGAUCCAGCGAGGCUGGGAAUUGACUUGCACGUCCUCACGCCUGCACAAGCGGGGAGGGGUCUAGAAGAAAUAAAACAAAAAACAUCCCUCCAGGUGUUCGGAACAAAUGUUUUUUUACCCCAUUAUUCAUACUUUGAUGCUGGGUUGAAAUAUUGAUCACUGUGGGAAUUUGAAGUGAGGUUUAACCUGUGAAAGUUUUCCACCUACAGGACAGCAAAGUGAAGCAUCAUUAAUGCUGCGGAGAUCACAGUAUGGUGCAUGUGCAGUAAAGUACUCCCGCAGCAUGGUAUCCCUACAGUUGUAUGGUACACCCGGAGCUAUUAUGAUCCUGGAGUACAGUCUUUUACCUCCUGAUAAGGUAAAUCUGGGUAUCCUCUGGCUCUUCCACCCCAAACUCACUUUUACCCAUACGCCACAGUCAGUAAAAGUUUAGUACACUGAUGUCAUUCAGUUUAUUUGCAGAUUGAGGUCUGUAACAGUUUCAGAUAUAGCGAUAAAAAAAUGACUUUUAACAUUCUUUUUGCACAGUUAAGACCAGUUUGAUCGAUUUGAAGAGCUUGCUGUUGAAGAUCUGUUUUUUCUAAUAUAAUAAAUAAAUAAAUAAAUAAACACUGUUUUUAAUUUAAAAUGGCACUAAAUGAAAACGUGGUGACCGUAAAAUCUGAUUUUAUGCCGACUGCUGUCUGAUUCGGCCCACGAUGAGCUGCACUCAGGAACACCAGACGUGAGGUGUAAACGCUGUGGAAGUGAGUUGAAUAAGGUGGUCCCACACUCUUCUUUGCGCUCACUUUACUGCUUUCUAUUGGCUGGAGAGCUAAACAGGCCUCGUUUGCACCACUGAAGGCAGAAACUGUAAUAAAUAAAUAAAUAAAAAAAUAAAUAAAUACAGAAUAAUUGAAUAAAAUGCCACCAAAAUUAAUAAUAAAUUACAGUUUAAGGUGGGAAGUAAACCUUGGCCCUUUGAGUGGUGAGGAGGAAGCAUGAACCUCUGUGUCACCUGCUGGCCCAUUUUCCAUCAGAAAAUUCAGCUCUGAAUGAGUAAGAGGGUGGCCGGAAAACAUGGUAAAUUCGGUGAAAUGUGUACUUUCUACAGUGUUUCGUGCAGCAGCCUGUUUGUUUUAGAGGAAUCCAGCCCCAUUGAACUGAGAAGGUGCUUUUUUAUCUGGCUGGAGUCCAUAUAUGGUGCAAUGGGGUACAUGGUUGGGGUGGGGAUAUACCACGGUACCGUGCCGUUAAAUGGAUCCCUCUCAGUCCAGAGAUGAAAAGGCCUUUUUGUUUUGGAUGAAUGAUCCAUUUAAUUUUUCAUUUGUAGACAAAUGAAUCGGCUACGAGUCAGGAAUACUGACACCCCCCACCCCAUAAGCAUGUUUUGUUA